AUGAGCGUUGGCCGCGACAUCGUUCUCGCAGCCGUACGAGUUGUAGAUCGCGAUAUCGCUCGCGUAGCCGUUCUAAGACCUCAAUUAAUAACCGCCGUUCAGCGUGUCGUUCACGCAGCAGAAUUCGAAGUAAAACCCGUGCGCGAACUCGUAAUACGUCGCGUCAUGAUAGUGUACGCCACCGUAAUCGCCACAACGAUAGGUCGCUGUCCCUGCGCAUUCAAAAUACCACGGAUUGUUACGUGUAAUACCACCGAGAGCGAGUUGAACACAUUACAAUCAAACGUGGCCAGGUGCUGCACGCCGGAGCCUCAGGCGAGUACCCAUGACACACGAACUAAAAAUUGUUUACCGAAUACCCACACAUUUACACCACAAGUAAGUAACUUAGAGUCAGACACGCCCGACUCAACCAGGGCCCUAGUAGAUGCUCUCAAAUUAUUGCAACCAAUCAGGCCAGAUUGGCCUUGGCGUUCAGUGUUAAGACUUCAGGCUCAAAGCCUUGGCGUCUAUUUCUUUGAUGUAGAACUACAGGCCAGAUUGGCCUUGGCGUUCAGUGUUAAGACUUCAGGCUCAAAGCCUUGGCGUCUAUAUCUUUGCUGUAAGAACUACAGGCCAGAUUGGCCUUGGCGUUCAGUGUUAAGACUUCAGGCUCAAAGCCUUGGCGUCUAUUUCUUUGAUGUAGAACUACAGGCCAGAUUGGCCUUGGCGUUCAGUGUUAAGACUUCAGGCUCAAAGCCUUGGCGUCUAUUUCUUUGA